AGCGCGGCAGUGGCGGCGUCGAAGGGUGGUGCGCAGACGACAGACGUGCGCGCUCCCGCCCGCCGGACCUCUCCCUCAUACAUACAAAUAGAGCGAAGGCGCGUGGGGGAGGGGAAGCACUGAUAGGAUUAUGUCGAGCCAGGCCUGGGCCGCCGCCGCGCCAGACAGAGCCCUCAGCCCUAAUCUCCUCCUGGCAACAGCGGCUGCUGCGGAUAUGGCCGAGCCCUUGCCGGCCUCCAAUUCUCCUUUGGGCGCCGGCAGCGGCCCUCUGCCGCUCAUUGAAUCAGAACUGUACUUCCUCAUAGCUCGGUUCUUGACCACUGGGCCUUGCAGGAGGACGGCGGAGGUGCUAGUGCAGGAACUGGAACAGCACCAGUUGCUCCCUAAGAGGUUGGAUUGGGAAGGAAGAGAACAUUGCAGAAGUUAUGAAGACUUGGUCUUGUCUAACAAACAUGUGGCUCCUGAUCACUUGCUGCAAAUUUGCAGGCGGAUUGGCCCUAUAUUGGAUAAAGAGAUUCCACCCAGCAUUCCGAGAGUGAACUCUUUAUUGGGUGCAGGCAAGCAGUCCUUACUGCGAACCGCAAAAGAUUCCAGAAAUCCCAUUUGGAAAGGCUCAGUCAUUGCUGCCCUUCAUAGAGGAAGACCCCCAGAAAUUCCUGUUAACUGUGAUAAAGCACCAAGUUUUGUGGAAGUAAAUUAUGCAAAACAGUUGACCGGAUGUACAAGAUCCAGUUCUAUAUUCCAAGGCAACAUGUAUCAGCAUAUGAAGAUGCACAGAAGAAUUCUUGGUCACCUUUCGGCAGUUUACUGUGUGGUAUUUGAUAGGACUGGACACAGGAUAUUCACUGGGUCAGAUGACUGUUUGGUUAAGAUUUGGUCCACACACAGUGGCCGGUUACUUGCUACACUGAGGGGCCAUUCAGCAGAAAUCUCUGAUAUGGCGGUAAACUAUGAAAACACAAUGAUUGCUGCUGGCAGUUGUGAUAAAAUUAUCAGAGUAUGGUGCCUCAGAACAUGUGCUCCGAUCGCUGUUCUGCAAGGACACACAGGAUCAAUUACAUCUUUGCAAUUUAGUCCAUUGGCCAAAGACUCAGUGCGCUACAUGGCUUCCACAGGUGUUGAUGGAACAAUUUGCUUCUGGCAAUGGGAUACCAUUUCUAUGAAAUUCAAUAACCGGCCACUGAAAUUCACAGAAAAACCUAGACCUGGAGUUCAAAUGCUUUGUUCUUCAUUUAGUGUUGGUGGGAUGUUCUUAGCAACUGGAAGUACUGACCAUUUCAUCAGAAUGUAUUACUUUGGUUCUGAAACACCUGAAAAAGUUGCGGAGCUAGAAAGCCAUGCUGACAAAGUUGACAGCAUUCAGUUUUCUAAUAAUGAUGACAGGUUCAUAAGUGGCAGCAGAGAUGGAACAGCCCGAAUAUGGCGCUUCCAACAAGCUGAGUGGAAGAGUGUUUUGUUGGACAUGGCUGACAGGCUAUCUGGUGAUUUGUGUUCAGAAGAGGACAGAUAUAUGAAGCCUAAAGUGACCAUGAUAGCUUGGAGUAAAAAUGACAAGUUGGUGGUUACUGCUGUGAACAAUCAUCUGCUGAAAGUGUGGAAUUCUUAUACUGGGCAGCUUCUUCAUGACCUCACGGGACAUAUGGAUGAAGUGUUUGUUUUGGAACCCCACCCAUUUGAUUCCAGGAUUAUGUUGUCUGCAGGCCAUGACGGGAACAUUUUUAUCUGGGAUAUAACGAAAGGCAUUCAGAUAAAACAUUAUUUUAACUUAAUUGAAGGACAAGGACAUGGUGCUGUCUUUGACUGCAAGUUUUCAUCAGAUGGACAACACUUUGCCUGUACAGAUUCUCAUGGGCAUCUAUUGAUAUUUGGCUUUGGUUGUAGCAAACCUUAUGAAAAGAUUCCUGAUCAGAUGUUCUUCCACACUGACUACCGACCACUGAUUCGAGAUUCUAACAAUUAUGUCCUAGAUGAGCAGACUCAACAGGCUCCUCACCUCAUGCCCCCACCAUUCUUGGUAGAUGUGGAUGGAAACCCUCACCCAACAAAAUACCAGCGGUUGGUACCAGGAAGAGAGAAUUGUGCAGAUGAGCAUCUGAUUCCUCAGCUGGGAUAUGUAGCAACAAGUGAUGGAGAGGUUGUGGAGCAAGUAAUAGGUCAACAAACUGCUGAACAGGAGGAACUGGCUUUGGAACCUAGCAUACUUGAUGGCAUGAUUAGACAUUUACAGCAACAGCAAGACCAAAUAAUUGGUUCAGAUCAAGACAUGCUUCCACCUGGGCCACAAAAUGGAGAUGAAACAGCUAGAAGAGAUUUCCGGAGGCCAAGCUCUGAUAUCCAGUCCCCUCCUAAUAUUGGCCUGAGACGUAGUGGUCAAGUUGAAGGUGUGCGCCAGAUGCAUCAGAAUGCUCCAAGGAGUCAGAUCGCUACAGAAAGAGAUCUCCAGGCUUGGAGACGGAGAGUAGUUGUUCCAGAAGUGACACCCAGUAUAUUUAGAAAUCAAGUGGAGUAUAGGGUUGCAAAAGGAGAAGAAGAGAAACGCAUAUAUACAAUGGAACAAAAGAAGAAGUUAUAUCAUUCAUCAGAAAAGAGUGACUCAGAAGAUUCACUGAUACAGUCCAAGAGAAGGCUUUAUAGACGCAAAUAUGCUUCGUAUCAAGCACGGAAUAAGAUUGAACAAUCUGAUUCUUCUAGUGAAGAUGGAGAUGGAGGUUCAGGAUUCAUUGAACAGGAGGCAGAAGAAAGUGAUGGGAUGAGAUUGUCUUCCCAUGAGGAAGAAUGGAAGAGUGGCAGCAGAACCAACAGUGAUAGUUCCAGUGACUCAUCAAGUGAAUAUUCUGAUUGGAUUGCUGAUGCAGGGAUUAACCUUCAGCCUCCUGUAAGAAGCUCUCGGUGCAAAACUAUUAGAUACUGUAGUUCUUCUGAAGAUGAAGUACCACUAGGAAAAAUGUCUAUGCGAAAGAGAAAGAAAAAAAGACGGAAAAAAUACAAACCAAAACAGCAUGAGGAGGUGAAUGCACCCCAGCAGUCCCGGGAAGUUCAGCCUCCUGAUUGGAUAACAGAUGUCAGACUCCGAAGGUCUCCUUUUGUUCCACAAAUGGGUGAUGAGGCAAUAUAUUUUCGACAAGGCCAUGAAGCCUACAUUGAAGCAGUGAGGAAAAGCAAUAUUUGUGAACUCAAUCCUCAGAAGGAACCAUGGAGAAAAAUGGUUCUUAGGGAACAAGAAUUGGUAAAAAUUGUUGGAAUACAUUAUGAAGUUGGGCCUCCUACACUAUGCUGCCUUAAGCUUACCCUUAUGGAUCAUAUUACAGGACAGCUUCUAGACAAAUCAUUUUCCCUCAAAUACCAUGAUAUGCCAGAUGUUAUUGACUUCCUUGUGUUAAGUCAGUUCCAUGAAGAAGCACGACAAAGAAACUGGCAACCUAAUGAUCGCUUUCGUUCAAUUAUUGAUGAUGCUUGGUGGUUUGGAACAGUCCUGAGCCAAGAGCCUUAUCAGCCACAAUACCCUGACAGCCCUUUUCAGUGUUACAGUGUUAAAUGGGACAAUGGUGAAACUGAAAGACUUAGCCCAUGGGACAUGGAGCCUAUUCCAGACAAUGUUGAUCAGCCUGUGGAAUUGGGAGCUAGUGUUUCUGUGACUGCUGAAGAGAUGGCAAAAUUAUUAUACAAACCUCAAAAGGGAGAAUGGCAGGGGAAAUCCCAGAGUGAAGAAUGUGAACGGAUUAUCCGUGGAAUUGAUCAGCUUUUGACACUAGAUAUUUCAGCAGCAUUUGCUGGCCCAGUUGAUCUGAAUAGGUAUCCAAAGUACAGUACAGUAAUAGCUUAUCCAACAGACCUUUGGACUAUCAAAACGAGACUUGUCAACAGGUUUUACAGGAGGCUUUCUGCAUUGAUUUGGGAAGUAAGAUGUCUUGAAAGCAAUGCUCAGACUUUCAAUGUGCCCAACAGCACUAUUGCUAAAUCUGCUCAGAAAAUCACAGAUCAACUCUUAGAAUUCAUUAGGAAUCCAGAUUGUACAGAUAUUUUUGAGUUGUGCAUUGCAACUAACAAUGGGGACAGCAUUGAUCCUGAUUAUCUGGAUGAUGAAGAGACCGAUGUUCCCAGAGCAUCUUCGAGAAGAAGUCGUGGCUUGAAGAGGAGACUCAGCUAUGAUGAAAACACUUGGAAGAAGCAAUGUAUGGAACUUGUUAAUCUAAUUUUCCAGUGUGAAGAUUCUGAGCCAUUUAGACAACCUGUUGACCUAGAUCAAUAUCCUGACUAUCGGGAAAUUAUAGACACACCGAUGGACUUUGGGACUGUGAAGGAGACAUUAGAAGCUGGGAACUAUGACACUCCAAUGGAACUUUGCAAAGAUAUUAGAUUAGUAUUUAGCAAUGCUAAAGCAUACACUCCAAACAAAAGAUCCAAGAUAUAUAGUAUGACAUUGAGAUUAUCUGCACUGCUUGAAGAAAAAAUGAGGAGAAUUAUCUCUGACUUUAGAACUGGACAAAAAUACAAUGAAAGAUUGCGGAGAAGUCAGAGGCACAAUAGGAAGCUGCAAAGUCGAAGUAAAUUACAGCAAUCUACCAAAACACUCAGAAAUGCAAAGCAGAAGCAGUGCAAAUCUCAGGGUAAAAUUCAGUCUGAGCCAGAAGAUUCUUCUAACCAAAAUACCUCAAGCAGAAAGUCCUGUGUUACAAGCCAUAAAAUGUAUGCUGGGAACUCCAGCCGCAGUGUUGCCGGCAUAUCUUCUGAUUCUGCCUCAUCAUUUGGGAAAAAUGCACGAACAAGGAGCACAGCUGUAGCACACAGUUCUACAUUGUCAUCAGAAAGUGAGCUGGACCACUCAACCACUGCUUCAUCUUCAAGUAGUUCAGAGGAAAGCAAAGAAAGUUCUGCAGAAAUCUCAUCCCCUGUAGUACAUAAUGGAAUAUGCAGGAAAAGAAAUGAUUUCAGAGUUACUAGAAACAGAGUAUAUCAGCAAAAGCAAAUGGCUUAUCAAGAGAAUGGAAAUAGCCAAAGAACUACCAGAAAAAGAGUAUCUGAAAGAGAAAUGGAUAAUUCAAAAGAGCUGUAUGAGACUUUGUGUAACAGAUCUGGAAGGCACAGAAAAGUUCCACGUAGAAGUGCUACUGUAGCAGCUAAUAAAUUAAGACUGAUGAGUGAUGUAGAAGAGGAGCUAUCCAGUUCAGAAAGUGUUGAUAUUGGAAGCAAAAACAGAAAACUGCCUCAUCGCAAUGCUUCUGCUGCAGCCAGAAAAGUAUUGCUAAAUCACUCUGAGGAAAGUUCCAUACAGUCUGAAAGUGACAAGGAAGUAGAAGAAUCUAACCGAAGGAAAACCUCCAAAGCUGGUUCAGGUGCUGUUGCUGUUCGAAAAAAGCAUGCUAGUGAAUCUGAAAGUGGGAGCUCAGAUUCUGAAAAUAGCAUGCAAAAAACACUAAAGGGUUGUCACGUUAAUGGCCAGAAGCAGUCACAAAGAGCUACCCACUCUGCAUCUCCAAAAUUAAAAUCCCUUGUUGAAUUUUCAGAAGAUGACUCCAAAAGCCUUGUGUCAGAGGAUGGGAGCAUUCAAAAAGCUUCUUGCCAGUUACCUUCUGCAUCCAGAAGUAAUAACAGAAAUAUAUCUGAGGCAGAUUCUGAGCGAGAGAAAUGCAAUAGUUUAGAAAAACAAACCUGUAAAAGAGCAUCAACUCAUUUCAGGAAAGCUAAGGUAUUAAGUGACUCGGAUGAAGGACUGGAGUCAGGGAAAGAGGAUGAGCGUGUCACUUUUUCAGAGAGCAGAGGGUCUUCUAAGAUGUCAAGACUACCCAAAGAUAGCUCCAAGUGCUCAUCUGAUUUAGAGUCUGGAACUGAUAGCAGCAACUCAACAAAAAGAAGGAAAAAAACCAGGAAAGAAUGUGUCAUCCAAGAGAAUGGGUGCAGACGUUCUGCCAGGAAAAGGAGGCAUGAAAGUGAUUCUCAAGAAGAGGGAGCUUAUAAAAUACAAAAUGGCAACCAUCAAGGUUACCGAAGAUUGCCUCGUAAAAGUGCUACUGUGGCAGCUUAUAAACUGAGGAACAUAAAUGAUAUGGAAAAUCUCUCCAACUCAGAAACCAGAGGCUUUGAAAAUGAUGAAAAGCUGAACCAUCACAAUGCAGCUUCUACAACUAGGAAGUUAAACAGUUCAGGGGAUGGAGACCAACAGUCUGAAGGAAAAAAUGGGAGAUAUAGCAGAAGAAAGUGUCGUCAGACUGAGUCAGCUGUAUCUGCUAUGAGAUAUGAUAGUGAGUCUGAAAAUAGUUCAGAUUCUGAAAGUGCUUUAAGAAGAAACAGGCAUGUUAAAGCCCAUGGGCGCAAACAUAGAACUCCUUGUAAUGAAUCCCCUAAUAUAAAACCCAGGGUGGAAGUUUCAGAAAAUAACCCCAAAAACCAAAUGCCAAAGGGCAGAAGUCUUGAUAAACCUUCUAUAUAUUUGCAUAGUACUGUAGCCAGUUAUGAAUCUGAACUAGAUUCUGAGUUAGACCAAUACAGUGAGGAAGUUAAGAAGAAGCAUGACUCUCGGAAGACUGUAGAUUCUUUUAGUAAAUCGAAAGACAAAAAUUGCAGCAAAGCCACUGCAAAAUCUGAUAUAGAGCAUAGAGAGGAUGGAACAGACUCUCUGCCAGAAACCAGGGAACUUUCAAGAAAGCCCAAAUAUAAAUCCACAGUGGACUCCAGUUGCCCUCCUGAUUUGGAAAUUGAAUCCUGCUCCAAUAGUAGUGAUGCCACAACAGAGCAACACAAGAAAAAGAAACGAAAGAGAGAAGCUGUUAGAAAAGAAUCAACCCGAGUGAUAAGGCAAAGUCCAGUAGUACUCCGGAACAGGAAGAAUUGCAAAAAUUCUGCAGAAUUGAAUAGUGAAACAAACAAUAACAAAACCCCUAAUGGAAAGAAAACCCCACGCCGUAGUGCUACUGUGGCUGCAAGCAAAAUCAAGCUAAUUAGUGAUGCCAAGGAAGAGUUCUCAAGUUCAGAAGUUAGAUACCCUAAAAGCAGGUACAGAAAAUUGCCUCAUCGCAAUGCCUCUGCUGCAGCCAGAAAGAUGAUGAUGGAUGAUGCACCUUCACCCUCUGAAAGUGAAGCAGAACUAAAGGAAUGUGAGCUCAAGCAGAAACAGUUUCAGACCUCCUCUUACAGAGCUAAAAAAUCUAGCAGAGAACCAGAACAGGAACAUUUGGACUCUGAAGUAGAAAGUGUGGUGGAACGAAAGAGCAGACAGAGCAGAGCCCCAAGGAGACGAUCUCUCACACCUGUGCGCAAAACAGUCCCUAAAAGGAAAAAAAAUGCAGUAGAAUUUUCUGAAGAUGAAUCCUCCAGUAGCAUAGAUUCAAGCCAGCCACUGCUUUCUGAUAACCAUAAUGUUUCCGAAUUGGAAAAAGAAGAUAGUGAUAAAAAGGUGAGGAGUACAACAGAGACUGGAAAAGGAGAGAGAAAACAAAGAAGUUCUUUGUCAAAAAACCCUGGAACUUCAAGCAGCUCAAAACCAGAACCUGAUGGCAGUUCCAAUUAUUCUUCUGCUUCAGAAUCUCAAACAGACUCAAAAAAUAUUGACAGGAGAACUAGAAAGACAAAAAAGAGGAAAAGGAAAGCCAUUUCAAUAGAUGACACUUUAAAUGAUGGCUUUUAUGAACCUUACAAAAUACCACAGAGAAGGAAACGGCCAAAAGUGAAUGAAGAGAAUGAUUCUGAGGAAUUGGAUUAUACCAAGUAUAAAAGAGGGAACCGACGUUCCAAAAUUAGAACUAGAAAUGGGGGCAGGAGAACUGUAAGAUACGCAGAUGAUGAUGACUGUGAAAUUUAACCUUGACAGGAAAAUCUAGCCCACUUUCCCUUUGCUAGUGAUACUAGCAACAUGUUGAAUCUUCUCUUCCUCUAAUUCAGGGAAUAUAUUUAUAUUUUUCUAUGAAAAAGUUAAAUGUGGAGGCUCUCCUUUUCAUAAUAUGACUUGCACAUGCCUGCCUAUGUAGCAGCAUUUAGCACAUAUGCCAAAAUGUGCCUCAUUGUAAGGGGCAAACUUUUGUCUUCAAUGGUAUUUUGCUAAAUAAAGUAAGUGGUGGGAGGGGGCUAAAUAAAACAUUAGGCAAAACACAGCUUAAAAGCUGUUUGUAGACAGUAUUAUGGUGCUGCAGAGAGACACUACCUAUGUCUUACCAUAUUAGCGUGUUUAAAGAACAGAUGAAUCUGAACAACCUGGUGUUAUAAGAACCCGUAUAUCAGUAACAGACUAGCCUCUCAUACUGUAUGUUGUAAACAACUUAAAAGUGGUUACUGAUUUAAAAACACACACCAGAUAUAUGAUAAAUAAGCACCCAAAGUAACCUGUUAAAAUGAGCGGUGAUAUGAAUUUCUGAAAAACACAGCUUGAACUAAUCAGUAAUUAAUGGGGAUAAAACACUUCCUGAUUUUAUAAAUAUGUCAAUAAAAAACUUUGCUGUCAGAUAUGUGGCUUCCAUACUGUAAAUUUGAGACCAUUAGAAUACAGGUGACCACUUGAGCCUAAGAUUUUUCUUUGUGUGAAUUUUUGUUACAAAGAAACAAAAACUUAAGUAAAACCUGUGCUUUGUGCUUUUUUUAUUCAAAACGGAUUAAAACUUAAUGCUCAGAGUGCUAGUAUUUAAGGUGUUUUUGCUAAAGUUUGAUGCCUAAUUCCUUAAGAUAUAAUUAUUUAUAACUUAGAUAAUUGGUGCACUUAAGCCACCCCAGCUCCUGAUUAUUUUUUUUCAAAGUAAAGCACCUUCAUGUUGGUGGUGUUUAGGUUGGCACUGUUGGAAACAAAAGUAAUUUCACUUCAUUAUUGUAUAUCAAGAAUGGAAGUAAAUAGUAAUACCCACCCCAUUUGGAUUACCUUCUCUAGGAUGUUAUUUAAACUUCCUCCCCUUCCUGGGGAGUGACCUGUUUACUUUGUAUGACCCCCAUUUGUUCUAAUUCUGUGAAAAUUCUGUAUAAGUAUACCAGGUAUUUAAUUUAUCUCUGUGGGUUUCUUGAAGUUUUAUUUUGAUAACUUAAUUCAGGGUUGUAUGCGGUUUUUUUUUUUAAAUGAAACAAAACCCUGAACUACUGUCCUAGAAAGCUGGUUUUUUGUCUUCCACUUCUUGGUUUCUCAAGGUAAAACUCCGGAUAACAUGGUUUGUCUAUUAAUAAAGACUCCUAGUGAUCAAAGUUCUUUAUUUUUGUAUGUUUAGUUAAAAACUGUACUUGAUAUGGAUAAACUUGCACAUUCUGCGUUUAAAUGAA